ACUACGCAGUAGUAAGAGUUUGCAUUUUCUUUGGCUAAACGAAACAAAGAAAUUGAGUUCAAAAAUGACAAAUUUGGUAAAGUCUGCUACGUGCGUUCCACAUUUUCAUUCAAUUAAAUUUUCCUCUUACUUUCUCGCCCGAUUUGAGAAACAAGAGUUUGAUCAGAACGUACAGCGCAACAUUUUCUAUAAAACCUUUUGUGGUGUUUCUCUUUCUAUUUUGGGGCCAAAAAUUUUCGUUUUCAGACGACAGAAUGACUAUGUUUCAACAGGAAUUCCUUUGAGUGAAAUCGUAUCAAGUUUCGCAAAUUCGGUAUAGGGCUUUCUCUAUGUCAAGUCGCUGUAGCUCUCUUUCUGUCGUUUCAGGUUUCACCUUCUAGGCCAAAACUAGCACGAAUGGUCACAUCAAUCCUGUUACUUUUUAUCACUUUAUUAUUAGUCUAAUCUUUUAAUUUUAUUUCCAACAAUGUCCUACAGCAAUCUUGUCAUUUCAUGGUCCAAAAAUGCUGCGUUCUUUUGUUCUAGAUGUGGACUUUCCUUGAACUAAAAAGGGGAAUCCCCCGCAUUAUUUAAAUCAAAGAAGUGGUGGGGGUAAGUAACAAAUUAGAAUAACCCUUGCACAAUAAAAUGGAAUUAAUACAUCAAGAAAGUAUCGUUAGUUUUAACCGCGCAACAGCUACGCCCUCACACUUUUCCAAAAGCAGGUAUUAAAUUUUGUAAUUGUUCAUGACGAUUUUUAUUACAACCAACCGAACGCUCACUAAAUAAAGAAUUCCUAUAACCGUAUUUGUCUGAAUAGUCCAACGAUUUAUGGGCUGGCUCUGGCUUGUUUCGAUUUUUGUUUAGUUCUUCUCCUGUCGCUUUUACUGUGCUAGACUUGUUUCAUGGCCACCGGCAUUAAAUGGUCCAUUUGGAAUCGAGAAAAAGUACCCGGUUCCUCGUUGCCAGAGUCAUUUAAAUUCGAUAUUUGAUCACGAAAACACUUGUCAAGAUAUUCUUCUCUCCUUUGUUGGAUUGAACGUAUCGGUCUACAGCGUAAACUUGGUUGAAAAGAUAACUAGUUAAUUUCGCCAUGCUCCGUAUCGCAUCUAAACAUUUAUGUAAAGGUUACAGUAGCGUACCGCUUUUAUCAAAACGUAAAACUUUAAAGCAACUCCACUGCCAUCAGUUUCAAACUGGAGUGCCAAGCGUAACCAGUCUCGCAACUGCAAUUAGUACCAAGAAUAAAGAACUACGUGAAGAUUCACUAGUGCGACAAGAUGUGGAAGAUGUCUACGAAGGUAUCAGAGAGGCCUUAACUGACACUCAGCCGUUGCUCGUACCGGUAGCUCAAUAUUAUUUUGGCGGAGAUGGCAAAGCUAUCAGACCAGUAAUUACGCUGUGUUGGGCUAAAGCAGUAAACUGCCACCUGGGCAAACAAACCUAUCGGAGAUUGAUUCAAGACCAAAAAAGAGUAUGUCAAGUACUUGAAAUGAUUCACGCAGCCGGUUUGUACCAUGACGACGUAAUUGACAAUGCGGAAAGUAGGAGAAGCAGGCCGUCAAUCAACAAUGUUUGGGGUAUUAAAAAAUCAAUUUUAGCUGGGGAUUUCGUCCUGGGUCGGUCGAUGAGAAUAAUCGCCGAAAUUAACAACGAAGACGUAUCGAUUUUAUUAAAUACGAUGAUUGAUCACAUAGUCAUUGGAGAAAUUAUGCAACUCAGUGCAGGCGCUACAGAGGAAGAAAGAUUUGCGCACUAUGUCGAUAAAACAUUUAAGAAGACUGCAAGUUUACUUGCUCAUAGUUGUCAGGCGGUCAGUGUGCUCUCCGGAGCUGAUUCCUACGUACAAGCGAUGGGUUUCACGUUAGGUCGCCAGCUGGGAAUGGCUUUCCAAUUGGUUGACGACAUCUUAGAUUUCUCCGCUACAUCGGCCCAGUUAGGCAAAGCAGCGGCCGUUGACUUGACCCAAGGGCUGGCCAACGCCCCAGUUUUGUUCGCUGCCCAGCAGUUUCCUGAAUUGAAUCCGAUGAUUGCCCGUCGAUUUAAAGAGCCAGGUGAUGUUGAAACUGCAUUUCAGUUGAUUCUUCAAUCGGAUGGAAUGAAUAAAACGAAAGAAUUGGCGACCGACUACUGUGAUGAUGCUGUCAAACAAAUAGCGCUACUUUCAUCAUCGCCCUAUCAGCAAUUUUUGUUCACCAUAACACAUAAAUUACUCAACAGAAUUAAAUAAUUUCCUUAGUAAGGUUGGAAGAUGGGAAACGCCUAUUUUAUUUAUUUUAACGCCAUUAUCGUAACCGCAUUAUUUUCUUUAUUGGCAAAGUGUAAUAAAAAUUGACGAAUAAAAAACCAUAUUGCUGUAAAUACAUUCAUUAUAAAAGGAA